GGAUAUGCUAAAUCACCGUCAUCACCUUCCCCGCUCUCUCCCUCCAUUCCUUUCCUUUCUUCUCUCUGAAUCUUCCUUGCUAAAAUUCAAUUCUCAAUUUAACUUGUCACAUUGACUCUUCUUCUCUUUCUCACUACAAUCCCUUCUCUGCAUUUCUCAAGGAUUAUCCUAUUACCAGUGCGCUUCAAUCUAAUUCUCUUGUAUCCCACUCUUAAUUACAAUUACCCUUUGAUCUAACGUUGGAAGAUAGCGUAGUUGCAGAGCUGUAAAAGUUUGUAGAGUUGACAAUCUAUUGGCUGUUCGUUCUUCCAUGGAAGAGGAGAAUGCUGCUAUGCUCCUGCAGAGAUACCGGAGGGACCGGAGAAUACUUUUAGACUUUAUACUUUCCGGCACCUUAAUUAAGAAAGUCGUAAUGCCUCCCGGUGCAGUUACAUUAGAUGAUGUGGAUCUAGACCAAGUCAGUGUAGAUUACGUUCUUAACUGUGCUAAAAAAGGUGGAAUGCUUGAGCUCUCAGAAGCAAUAAGAGAUUACCAUGAUAACACCGACUUACCCCAUAUGAAUAAUGGGGGUUCUGCAGAUGAAUUUUUCUUAGUUACAAAUCCUGAAUCUUCAGGAUCACCUCCAAGAAGGGCCCCACCACCCAUUCCAGUUUCAGCACCACUAUCCAUUCCAGUUUCAACAACAGCUCCUAUUUUUGCAUCAUCCCCUGAUGUGUCAUUGUCAAGUGUAGGAAAGUCAGUGUCCUUUAACUCCACUGAAGAUCGAGAACUGACUGUUGAUGACAUUGAAGAUUUUGAUGAUGAUGAACUUGAGGAAGUCAAUAGUGUCAGGAUUUCAAGACGCAACACAAAUGAUGCAGCUGCUGAUCUUAUUCCCAGAUUGCCUGCUUUUGUAACUGGUAUCACAGAUGACGACCUCCGUGAAACUGCAUAUGAAGUCCUUUUAGCUUGUGCUGGGGCAGCAGGGUAAGUUUCCAUAAUCUCAUU